AUGGCACCCAUCGAGCGAAUCACCCUCUUCAAGAUCCCCAACGAGGCGGAUCGGGAUCGUGUCUUGGAGCAGUACAAGGUCCUCGCGAAGACCGCUACAAAGGACGGCAAGCCAUACAUCCUAGCUGCUGCUGCCGGUGCUUCUUUCCCCGAUCCAAGGAACAAGGGCUUCAAUCUCUCUGUGAAGACGACGUUUGCGUCGAUGGAGGAUAUGAAAUACUAUGAUGCUGAGUGUGAGGCUCACAAGGCGCUGAAGGCUGUUGUUGGGCCGGUGAAGGAGGAUGUUCUGACGAGCUUUUAUGAGUCCGUCUUGUAA